UCCUCAUGAGUCCAAACAAGCGCUCCUUUGAAUUCUCUCUCUCAUCCGAGUCACCAUUUUUGCUUGUUGAGCUGUCUUUCCUCCGGCGAGGUAGUUAUUGGCUAAAGGAAAUGGAAGCUCCGGCGAUGGAGUAUUUUUUGGAAGUACAAAGCAAAGACGUCACGCUCUCGGUUCGUCGCGUGUUUCGGGAACUUUAGCCGUAUCCAUAAAACUCCUCAAGCAAAAGCGACUUUUACUUGGCAGAGUUUUGAAGUUAUUCCAUGCUUUGUCUGGCAAAAUCAGAGUCAAGCCAAGUAUAUAAUAAUCGGAGUAUAGGAGGUGCAUAUUUUAGACUAGGAACCUCGAAUUUUGGUUUAGUUAAUCUAUCUUUGGCAGAAUUCUGGAUCCUUGUGGAAAUUUAGGUUCCAUUAGAUCUCAUUACGAGAGAUGUGUUCUGGAGUUAGGAAUCAGACUGGUGUGUUGAUUGCUUCGAUCUUUGUAUUGAAUCGGAGGAAUCUUCAGCUUUUUCUCUCAGGUUUAAAAUUUUAGUUUCUGCUAACCGCGAGGAUUUGGUGCAUAACUGCAGUCUUCGUUCUCGAAUUUUAGUAGUGGAGACGAAGAUUUACCAAAAGAUAGUGUAUCCUAGUUGGAGUUUUAGAGGUUUACUUCAAUUGUCCAUUUUGCUCUGGUUUUUUUGGACUAUACUUUUUUAAACAACCUAGCCUUUGAAUAAUGGAGAAGAGCAAUUGACAGUUCUCGAGAUUUUUGGUCGCCGUGAGGAUUUUUUUUCAUCUCAAUUUCUUGAUCAUUAUCGUCAUUUCGCAAUGAAGAUUCAGCCAAUCAAUUCUCAGGCACCAGAAUGGGUAGGUCCGGUGGAGCCAGUGAAGCCGGCCACGAAAUCGCGGCUUAAACGUCUGUUCGAACGCCAGUUCACGAGCGUUCUGAAGAAUUCCGUUGCGGGAAAGAUCUGCGAUGCCGAUGAGCCGCGUUCCAGCAGAGAAGGCUUAUGCGAAUUCGAGCCUAGCUCCGUAUGUUUGGCGAAGAUGGUACAGAACUUCAUCGAGGAGAACAACGGCGGCAGCAGCAGCGAGAAGCAAUCAGGUGCAGUUAGGUGUGGUCGCAACUGCUUCAAUGGGAACUACAACGACAGCUCCGAAGAUGAACUGGACUCCUUUGGUGUGUUUGGCGACUCCAAUCUCUCUUCAUCCGGUGAAGCGUGUGAUAUCCUAAAGAGUCUGGUCCUCUGUGCGAGCGUUUCAGAGAGGAAUUUACUGGCUGACACUUCGAAGAUUGUCGAGAAGAACAAAGUCUGCAAGCGCAAAGAUGAUUUAUGCAGGAAAACUGUUGCUGACGGAUUAUUGGGGUUGGGAUACGACGCUUCAAUAUGCAAGUCUCGCUGGGAAAGAUCCCCCUCAUAUCCCGCCGGAGAAUACGAGUAUAUAGAUGUGAUAAUUAAAGGCGAGCGACUGUUAAUCGACAUCGAUUUCAGAUCAGAAUUCGAAAUCGCUCGAUCCACGAAGAUGUACAAAUCUAUUCUUCAAACUCUCCCAUACAUCUUCGUGGGCAAAGCCGAUCGGCUGCAGAAGAUCGUUAGCCUCGUAUCGGAAGCAGCCAAACAGAGCUUGAAGAAGAAGGGCAUGCCUGUCCCUCCAUGGAGGAAGGCAGAUUACGUCAAAGCCAAAUGGCUUUCUCCUCACGGCCGAGCAACAUCAAACCCCACCGGAAUUGAAACCCUCGCCAAACAAGAAAAUAAACAGUCUGUGGCCGCACCGAGCAAGUUCGAAAUUAAUCAUGGCGACACAUCUGGGGAAGAAGACAAGUCCAAGGCGGUGGUGGAGGAGUGGAAGCCCCUUGAUAUUAAGCCCAAGGGUUCCCGGAUUGGUGUUAAGAUGGUGACUGGUUUGGCUUCAGUAAUUGAAGAUUGAGAGCCAUGAAAUUUUGAUCUUUUUUUUUUUUUUUAAUUGCAUCACUGUUUUUUUUUUUGGGUGACUAUAACCAAUCAAAUCCAAAAAAAGGUUGUAAUAUAUAUAACUUGCUGGAUCCCUUAUGCGUUUUUUUAUGUAAGGGUCUGAUAUGAUUCUGUUUCCUACCGCCCGGAUGCUAACAUUAAUAAGAUUCUUACAAUAAGAUUUGAACAGUGUUCUUCACUAAAA